CCCGGACGGUACAACACGCCAACUGUCAUUUGAUGAGGCCAGCUUACUGAAAUCAAGACAAUAUGUCAAUCGCGCACCAAAAUAGCUGGGCAACGUCAACUGCUACAUGAUCUGCACAGCUCGUCCGUUGCAUUGCGGCCUGCCAUUCCUGCUUCCUCCCUCCGCAAGCUAUUAUUUACCCCAAAAAUCACCAUGAGCUUCACGCUGCGUCGUCUCCGCCCCGCCAUGUCUUCAGUCGGCAAAGCUCGCCAGUUGCACGGCCUAGUGUCCUCGGCUCCUUCUGCAACCGCCUCCUCCACUCCGAUCCUGGGUCAGCGUCGUAAAAGCACAGCAGCCGAGAGCGCCGCUGCAAUUGCGCAGGCUGAAUCCACGCGUGGUCCUCGCUGCAGUCCCGGGCUCGUGGUUUUUGAUAAGGACGGUACGCUCAUCGACUUCACGCUCAUGUGGGGCGGCUGGGUUGAAUCUCAGGCCUGGAAGGUCGAGAUGACCACCGGCCUUCCUGUGCGUGAAAAGCUCUUUGCUGCCAUGGGAUACGAUUGGAUCAGCCGCUCUAUCAAGUCCAAGGGGGCGCUGUGUUGCACGCCCAUGGGCGAGCUCUACAAGCUCGCGGUGCGCGUACUGGUAGCUGAGGGAAUGAACCAAUCCCAGGCCGAUGAGGUCAUUACGAAGUGCUGGAGUAUGCCUGAUCCCGUGCUUACUAGCCGUCCUCUUGCCAACAUCCCCGCGCUCUUCCGCACUAUUAAGAAGAUGGACAUGAAGAUCGCCGUCUGCACCACGGACGACCGUCAGCCCACGAUCGACACGCUCGAGCACCUGGGUGUCUCGGACAUGGUGGACGCUCUGGCUUGCGGAGACGACGGACUGCCAGCCAAGCCCGCAGGCGAGCAGAUUUGGACUAUCUGCCAGCAGCUCAACGUGGAGCCGCAUAACACCAUCAUGGUAGGCGACACGUCCACGGACAUGCUGCUGGGCAAGAACGCAGGUUGCGGUCUGUCCAUCGGCGUGCUCGGAGGUGCGUCCUCGCUUGACGAUCUGGCGGAGGAUGCCGAUGUGCUCGUGCCUUCAAUUGACCGGGUUAUCAAGGUGCUUUUCCAGUACGGCCAGCAGGCUCAGCGCUUUGGUGAUGCCAAGUAAAACGUUCGCUUUCUCUUAGAAUUAGGCAGAAAACAUCGGAAUAGAAUCACCCGAAUAAAAAAAAAUGCCUGCUUUUUUAGCUGUCUAUGAUCGACUAAUGCAGUGCAACGAGUAUAACCGCCAUGUUAUCAAGAC